AUGGCGCCAUUUUGGGGCUUACGAGGCUCAAGACUUCAUUUUGCCAUCUGGGUAGAAGCUUGCUUCUGUGUCAUGAUUUUUGGCUACAAUCAAUCGUCUGCUGGCGGUGUUCUUUCAGAUUCGACUUUCAACCUUCAGUUCCCACGAAUGAACACGCUCUCUACAACAGGCUCCCUGCAGAAGGAGAAUUCCAGGAUUCAAGGAACGGUCGUCGCGCUAUACACACUAUUUGGAGUUUUUGGAGCACUGGGCUGCACCUUUCUUGGGGACAUUUUAGGUCGCCGAAAAACAAUAUUCCUUGCCAGCGCGGUUCAAGGCGUCGGUGCCAUAAUACAAUGCUCAUCCUUCGCUUUCGCACAGUUCAUCGUAGGCCGGAUUGUGUUGGGCCUUGGCACUGGCGGCAUCAUUGCGACAGUCUCGGUUUGGCAAUCAGAAGUUUCAAAGGCGGAGAAUCGCGGUGAACAUGUCUCUGCAUUUGGCAUUUUCUGUGGCUCUGGCAUCGCUUUGGCAUUGUGGAUUGCUUUUGGGAUGUCUUAUACCCAACCGAGCUCUGUGUCCUGGCGCUUCACCUUGGCUUUUACCCUUUUCCUUUCCUUUCUUGUCUGUAUAUCAAUUUUGUCUCUACCCGAAAGUCCUCGCUGGCUAUGCAAACAGGAUCGCUGGGAAGAGGCCCAGGAGACCCUAGGACUACUAUACGAUGAGGAUCAAAGCAGCGUGACUGUGAACAAAGAAAUAGAAGACAUACGAAUCUCGUUGGAUCGAGCCAACAAAGGAAGUUUGGGAGCUAUGUUUAAGAUGGGCCCUCAGAGAGUGUUCCAUCGUGUGGUGAUCGCCGCGGUGGCCCAGAUCUUUCUGCAAAUGACAGGAGUGAACUCGAUCACGUAUUAUGCGCCGACUAUUUACCAGCAACAGCUUCAUUUCGGACAAACUGAUUCAGGGCUUCUGGCUGCAUCAUCGCAGCUUGUCUUGGUUAUUGGGGCAUUUUGCUGUGCAUGGACAGUCGAUCGCUUUGGACGCCGGAAACUCAUGAUAUUCAGCGCCUCCAGCAUGUCUAUAUGCUUUGCUUUGAUUGCUGGCCUGACAUCGCGGCCCGACAAUCCUGCAGCUUUGAAAGCUGCUGUGGUCUUUCUUUAUAUCUACUUCUUUGUCUAUGUUCUUGGCUUCCUUGGGAUUCCAUUCCUCUACGCCAGUGAGAUCGCACCAACCCAUCUUCGGGCUGCAACAUGUGGACUGUCGACCGCAGUUUCCUGGCUGUUCAACUUCUUGGUUGCCGAAGUCACACCUUCUGCUUUCGACGAUAUUGGCUGGAGGUAUUUCAUUGUCUACUGCUGCCUCAACGCGUCAUUUGUCCCCGUCAUCUAUUUCUUCUUCCCUGAGACGGCGAAGCGCUCGCUUGAAGAAAUUGACGAGAUUUUUGAAGCUUCAACGAGUAUUUUCGACACGGUUUCAGUCGCGCGAAAGUUACCAAGAAGGCACCUCGCAGAAUUUCUGAGAGAAGAGAAGGCGACUGAAGUUUCCCAUAUUGAGGCUUGA